GAUUGGCUACAUGUUAACUCAAGGAACGUCUAAUUGGCUGCAGAGUGAAGGGCAAUGAGCCAAGUUGCGGUAAGAUGCCACGCACACAUGCACAACAAAGUAAAAUGGCAGACUCUAAAGUAAAACAGGAACUGCUGGAUGCUACAACGACGAGUCUGAAGAGUAACUGCUCCGAGAUAAGCACGCUGAUUCGACAGGCUCUGGAAGCUAAGAAAUUCGCCUACUGUCCCUACAGCAAGUUUAGAGUGGGGGCUGCCCUCAUAACACACGAUGGGACAGUGUUCACAGGUUGCAAUGUUGAAAAUGCCUGUUACAACCUGGGAAUCUGUGCAGAGAGAACCGCCAUCUCAAAAGCUGUAUCCGAAGGCUUUAGAGAUUUCAAAGCCAUAGCAAUAGCCAGCGAUUUGCGCGAACAGUUCAUCUCGCCCUGUGGUGGCUGCAGGCAAUUCAUGAGAGAGUUUGGGGCCAGCUGGGACGUGUACCUGUCCAAGCCGGAUGGCUCCUACAUGGAGAAGACUGUGGAAGAGCUGCUGCCGGAGUCAUUUGGCCCAGAGGACCUGAAGAUGAAGAGGGAGCAUUCCAUUCCUAAGGAUGUCGAACCAGCUACAAAAUGAAUGUGGAUGAACAAACAACUAGAAAAGAACAGCACAGGCUUUGGAACAGAUUAUCAAAGUCAAAUAAAAACAUUGUUGCCUGUGUCUUCAAUGAAAAAUGCUUUACUAGUGGCUGGACUUGCAUACCUCUGUACCACUACUGCUUCCGUGAUGCUGAAGACAGGAUGUGGAAAUGUGCAUUAUAAAUCCUGUUUGGCUUAGUGUAUUUCACAAGAAGUAAAUAUACAAAUUAAUAUUUACAUUUCUACUACCAUUUAAGAGAGAAAUCAGUUGUGUUUUGAAUAAACUGGAUACCAACCAAA